CUGUGGCUGUAGUGGGUGUGUGCGUCUCAAUGCCAGUGGAUAUGCAGCCACAUCAGGGGCUGUGCCACUACAACAACACCGCCAACCAGCCGAGCCGAGGACUGGCUCGUUCAGUGCGAUCGCUCUACAGCGACAACAGCAGAGAGAUGUUUAACCCCUCAGUGACCGCAGGAGCCUGUAUGGACCCUUACAUGCGGCCGCCGCACGGCAUGAUGGGACACCGCGGGAUGCCUCCGCCAGACAGCGCCCCCUACUGUUCCCAGAGCAUGAUGGGAUCUCAUCACAACCUCACACAAAACCAGCUUGGAUCUGAACACAUGGGAUCCAGAGACGCGUCUUGUUUCUCGACGCCUCGCUCCAUGCUGAAGCUGAGUAAGAAGCGUGCUCUGUCCAUCUCUCCUCUGUCUGAUGCCAGUGUGGACCUGCAGACGGUCAUCCGCACCUCUCCCAACUCUCUGGUGGCGUUUGUGAACUCUCGCUGCGGGCCGAACGCUGCCGGCUCAUACGGGCAUCUGUCUUUGGGCAACAUGAGUCCGUCGCUGGGUUUCUCCAGCUCCAUGAACUACUCGUGCAGAGCGCAGGGGAACAUGUACGGCCCUCUCGCUGCAUCAUGCCCCAGACUCCACGCUCCGGCCAAACACACACACCUGAAGACAGAGCCGGCUCUGGGCAGCAUCAACAUCAAGAGUCUGGAGGAGCAUUCGGAGGGAGACGUGGCCAGUCCAUCCUCCACUGGGACACAGGAUCCUCUUCUGGGUUUACUGGAGGGCAGAGAUGAUCUGGAUAAGGAGGAGAAACCUGAACCAGAAGCCAUUUACGAGACAAACUGCCACUGGGAGAGCUGCAGCAAAGAGUUCGACACUCAGGAGCAACUCGUGCAUCACAUCAAUAACGAGCACAUCCACGGAGAGAAGAAGGAGUUCGUGUGUCACUGGACGGACUGUUCUCGAGAGCAGCGGCCCUUUAAAGCCCAGUACAUGCUGGUGGUGCACAUGCGCAGACACACGGGAGAGAAACCUCACAAGUGCACUUUCGAAGGCUGUAAUAAAGCGUACUCACGUCUGGAGAACCUGAAGACUCAUCUGCGCUCGCACACCGGAGAGAAACCCUAUGUGUGUGAACACGAGGGCUGCAACAAGGCUUUCUCCAAUGCAUCCGACCGUGCAAAGCAUCAGAACCGAACACACUCCAACGAGAAACCGUACGUGUGUAAGAUCCCAGGCUGUACGAAGCGCUACACUGACCCGAGCUCUCUGAGGAAGCACGUGAAGACGGUGCACGGACCCGAGGCUCACAUCACUAAAAAGCACCGCGGAGACACCGGACCACGUCCUCCAGGUCUGACCAGUGCAGGACAGAGCUCUGAACUUCUGAUAGAAAAAGAGGAGAGAAGCAGAGAGGACUGCAAAUUACUCGCUCCAGAAACCACACUGAAAUCCCAGCCAAGUCCUGGCGGCCAGUCAUCUUGUAGUAGCGAACGUUCUCCACUAGGGAGCGCUAACAAUAAUGACAGCGGAGUGGAGAUGAACCUCAAUGCGGCGGGGAGUCUGGAGGACCUGACCACACAAGAGGAGAACACCGGGAACACCGGCGGGCCCGAGUCGAGUGGAAUGUGCAUGUCCGUUCAGGCCUUGAAGAGGUUGGAGAACCUGAAGAUCGACAAACUGAAACAAAUUCGCCGGUCAACACCACCUGGGCGGAGCGCAGGGAAUAAACUGCAGGCUCUCCCAGGAGAGAUGAUGGGCAUGUGUGCUCCUUCACCCUUGCUCUCCAACCGGCGUGUAAUGGAGCUUUCUGCCCCGGAUGUAGCCGGAGUUAGUGGAAUGGGAAUACCCUGCCCCCCAAACGACCGGCGGGGCAGUGGCACCAGCAGCCUCAGCUCUGCCUACACAGUGAGCCGCCGUUCAUCUUUGGUCUCGCCCUACCUAUCAAGCAGGCGCUCCAGCGACGUGUCCCAAGUGGGUCACUGCCAGUCCGUAAUGGGGACCGAUGUUCCCAGCGACCCACUGUCUCCUCAGAACAGCCAAAGGGGCGGAUCAUGCCAGAACCCCGGGGGGUUGCCAGGUCUACCGAGUCUGACUCCUGCGCAGCAGUAUAGUCUGAAAGCUAAAUAUGCAGCAGCAACAGGCGGCCCACCACCAACCCCGUUACCCAACAUGGACCAACCUGGCAACCCUGGAAGAUUCCUGAGGGAAUGCCGUGGCCAGCCUCUUCCUCUGUUUCUGCAGCAAGGUGGCACGAGGAGGCACAGUGCUAAUGCCGAAUAUGGCACUGGAGUGAUUUAUCCACAUCAGGCACCUGGGAACAACACGAGGCGCGCCAGCGAUCCAGUACGCUCUGGUGCGGACACACAGGGUUUACCCAAGGUGCAACGCUUUAACAGCUUAAGCAAUGUGUCCCUUAUGAGUCGCCGCAAUGCACUGCAACAGUGCGGAUCUGAUGGCCCUCUCAACAGGCACAUGUACUCGCCUCGUCCACCAAGCAUCACUGAAAAUGUCAUGAUGGAGGCCAUGGCCAUAGAUCCUCAUGGGACUGCUGAUGGCAGAGAGCAAGGCAACAUGAUCCGAGGUGGAGACCGAGGCUUUAUGGGCUACCAGCAACCUCCCCACCACCCUCACAAUGCAAGUCAAAUGUCUCCCGGACAAGAAGGACUUAGUUGUAUGGAUCAAGUCUACCAGUCUCCAAUGCAAGGUCAAUACCAGCAUGAGGAGAUCUGUGCCACUGGGAUAAUGGGUCAAUCUGACAUUGCAAACAAUCUUCUACAGCAAGCUGAGUUCGGCAUGAGCAACUGUCAGCUUAGCCCCUCCGGUCCACAUUAUCCCAGCCAGGGUGUUGGAUCAGGACCCUGGGGUCAGACCAACCAGCUCCACAGCCCUCAGACCGAUAUCCAGUACCAGUGUGCAGGCAUGCAAGGACAACACUACCCUCAACAGGGUGUGUACAACCCUACAUCUGACCCUGGACAUCAAAGAGUUACUGUAAAACCAGAGCAGUUCCAUUCAUCCAUAGGAGGGUCCAGUUCUUGCCAGAACACUAAACCAUUACACCAGCAUCGGCAUGAUGUGAAUAUGCAGGCGUAUCCACCGCAGUCACGUCAAGGCAUCAUGGGUAGGUCCUCCAAUGCAAACUGUGACUUCCGUCACGGCCAGAUGGGAACACAAGUCAGUCUUCCACAGCAGAGCCAAGUCGGAUCGUUCCCGAGUGGUGGAGGGAUCAAUCUUGCACUAACAGAGAGCCGUAGGUCGCAGACGCCAAUGCAUCAAAUGAAGGAAAUGAUGGUGAGGAAUUAUGUGCAGUCCCAGCAAGCGCUCCUUUGGGAACAGCAACAAGAGCAAACGGAUGGUCUCUCUGGGAAGCCCGAUGGCAUUGAAAUGGGAGGACAUCAGCAAGCUAACCAGAAUCUUUAUCCUGGAAACUCCUACCAGGGCUACCCGAAUCAGAAUUUGAUGAGCCCACAGCAAAAUCGAGUUCCAGGUUCCAUCAAGGAGAAUACCGCUGGGAUGCAGGGACCCUGCUACGGGCCAGAUAUGGUGCCACGACCACCUCAGGGACGAAAGCCUCUGAGUCGCCAAAACAGCCUAUCCCAGCAAACAAGUGGAGCUUACCUGGGCAGCCCGACUCACCUGAGCCCGGUCCACUCCACCGCCAGUCCCAGAAGAGGAGUCCGUCUCCCACCAGUUCAACAACAGCAGCAGAAUUCGGAAAACUUCACCAAUAACAACAACAACCCCAUGUACUACUCAGGCCAGAUACACAUGCACCAUGACAUUGAGAAGACUCCGGAUGGACCAUGCCUGGCCCAGCAGCACCUGACAGGGAUAGACCCUACUACCAAGCCCACCUCGAUGGCCUACUCAGACCCUGCACCCAUGUCCAACGCCUUAGAAAACCUGGACUUGGAGAACGCUCAGAUUGACUUUACUUCCAUCAUUGAUGACCAAGAACCUUCAUCUUACAGUCCAGUAAAUCCACCUCUGGGUCACCACCAGUGCUCCUCUCAGACCUCCUCUCGUCUCACCACACCCCAAACCUCCAUCACCCUUCCAAGUGGCCUUUCCAAUAUGGCAGUCGGGGACAUGACCUCGAUGUUGACGUCCCUUGCUGGGGAGAACAAGUAUUUGAACACAUUGUCUUAAAGAGUUCAUACAUAUAAUUGGGCCAAAGUGAGCAUGUAGACUCAACACUAAAGUUUCCUCUGGACGUCCCUUUCUUGCGUAAGGUACUAACGGUUCUGCUGGAGUUCUUCAUGGGAUCUCAGAGAUCUUGCAUAAUAGUUUUGUAAUUGUGUAAAAUAUGAUUGCUGAACAUUACCACAGAGGCCUAAUGACUAUUAGUGAAGGGGCAUUCCGGUCACUACUGUGAGACUGUUUACGAUCGAAAUCUUGUUUAAAAUGUAAAUAUGAGCUUUGGACUGUAAAUGGUCGCAAGAUAGUAUAAAGAAAAUCUCCUUUUUGAUACAUAUACAGACUUGGACUGGCACAAAAGCCACGUGAACUCUACAUAAGAAGACUGAAAUACUAAGUGAGCGAACAUGUUAAGGAAGCUGGUAGGCAAGUUCUCUAGAAGUAUUGGUAAAGACAGGACUCAAGUGCCUUGAACCGUUGUGGCCUCUUUGAUUCCUCACAGGUACGACAUGUUGGAGAAAACUCGACAGAUGAGACACAUGGACAGUCAGAUAGAAACACUGAUAGAUAUAUAAGCUCAGUAUGAAGCCCAAAGUAUAUGAACACUUAAUGUAUGAGUACAGUAGAAAUGCAUAGCCUUUCAAAGUAUACUCUACGUUAUAGUGCACAAAAACACAGCUGGCUGGCACAGUUUCAUGUUUGCCGAUGUCUGUGCUAUUUCUCUACUGAAGUUAUGAGCAAUAAAAACAAAAGUCUUUGUUCUCUAUUAAACUAGCAGGUGUCUAUAUUCUUGUUGCAUCUCCAGUAGUUUGUCGUUCUAUCACGUUUUUUUUUUCUUGUACCCUAAUGUCGCCACCUUGUGGACUGACUAAUUAGUGCAAGAAAGGUGUUUUCUCAAGCUGAGGGUAAAGAGUACAUGCAUAUACUUUGGGCUUAGGAGAAAGUGUGUUCUCACUAAAAUGCAUUGUUAACUAAUAAUGGCAGAUUACAAACAGUAUUUUGAAGCCUUGUUAACUAUCUCUAGGUCUAUACAGGAGCCUUUGAGUCAUAAUAUUAAUUCAGAGUUCUAGUGUUUGUUUUCUGAUUAUUUGACUAGUUUGCUUUCAGACAGCUAUGUUAAAGGGUAAUGGCACUGAGUGGUUUGUGUAAGGUUUCUUUUAAUCUACGCUGCGCUAUGUAACCCAAGCUAGCAUGCAUAUGCAUUGCACUGACAACAGCACUGAGCUGAGGAAAAGUGAUGAAUUUUAAUUAAAGGUUCCAUAUAGUGUGAAAGGUACAUAAAGUGCAGGUAUUUUAUUUGUUGGUUUUAAGUCCUCUGGUAUUUCAAGACUCUGUAUAUGUUGUGCCUAACUCGUUUUAAGUAUCAUUUUAUCAUUUAAGUGUUAUCAAGGGCUGCAACCCUUUCAAUAUCCCAGUGUUUCCACUUUCUGUGGCAUACCAAAGACGACCUGCACUGAGACGAGUCCACACUAGAUAUUUGCUAGACAUCAUUUUCAUAGACAGCUAGACGUCAUGUGCUUCCAUACUGCUGCAAAAAUGUAACAAUGUUCUUUUUAUCAUUUCCUUUUUUUUAAAGAAAAAAAAAAACAUUUUGUGGUUUUUGCAUUUCUGUUUGUUUUUGUCAAGUUCACUCAAACCUUUUUUUGCAGGCAAAAGUUCAUAAAGUAGUAAGAUUUAUAUUUGCAUUUAUCUCAUCUAUUUACAAGGAAGUGAUAUUUUUGCAUACCGUUUUCUACAUUUUUGUACAAAAGUACUAUAUUAUACCAGUUUAUAAAUAAACAGAGCCUGUG